AUGGAUGUAUUAUUUUUUAAAGUUUGGAAAAAUAUAUUUUUAAAAAGACUAAUAUAUUUACACUUAAAAAGAUUUAUUGGUCCAAACCAAAAAUUUAAUAGCAGAGAUGAAUAUAUCAGUCACCCAGAGAGUUACUAUUUUACAAAUGUUACUUUAAAUUAUAAUGAAAUUAAUUUAAAUUAUUUAUGUGACUCGAUCAAAGUUUUACAAUUUGGUCAUUCUUUUGAUAGAGAGAUUAAAGCUGGCUUUUUACCACACUCGAUCAAAACAUUAACAUUUGGUAACAAAUUUAAUAGAGCUUUCAAAGAGGGUAGUAUACCAGAGUCUGUCGAAACACUUUCUUUUGGCCAUGACUUUAAUACUCUACUUAAACCGGGUGAUGUUCCGCGACUGGUCAAAAGGUUAACGUUUGGUGAAAGCUUUAAUAAAAUUAUAAAUGAAGAUGUGCUUCCGCAGUCCAUUACAUCACUUACAUUUGGUUCUGAUUUCAAUCAACCUCUUAGUCAGGGCUCUAUACCACCUUCGGUCGAAAAACUUACUUUUGGAUACCACUUUAAUCAGAAACUUCAACCAGGCAAUAUUCCACCAUCAGUUAAAGAGCUGACAUUUGGCUUUGGUUUUGAUCAAGACCUCAAACAAGGUGAUAUUCCGGUAUCUGUUCAAAAAUUAAUAUUCGGUGACAAUUUCAACAAAAAAAUUAAAAAAGGAGAUAUUCCAGCAUCGGUCAAGGAAUUAAGAUUUGGUGAUAAUUUUAAUCAAGAACUUGAAGCGGGUGAUCUCCAAGAUUCUAUAGAGAUAUUGGUAUUUGGUGGUCUAAACAAGCCACUUAAGCCAGGUGUUAUCCCACAAUCAGUCAAAAAACUAUCGUUUGGUUCCUUCUUUAAUCAGAUUCUUGAGCCAGGUGAUAUUUCGACAUCUGUUAAAGAACUGUCUUUUGGUUACUAUUUCAACCAACCAAUUAGAUCGGGUGUUUUACCUCCAUCACUCGAAAUCUUAGAGUUUGAAUCCGAUUUUAAUAGAGAACUUUUAACAUUCGACACUUCAUCAGUUAAAACAAUUAGAAUUGGUAAUAAAAAAAUAAAUUAAAAAUUACUCAUAAAAUUUGCAAAAAAAUUGGGAGUUCAUAAAUCAACAGUAGCAAAAACAUUAUAUAUAAAAAGAAAGUUGUAAAAAAAAUACAAAUAAAAUUGUUUUAAA